AUUGACCUCUUUAAUCGUCCUCGAGGUCGAUCCUGGACAUCCUCGUUAAGUGACAUUAUCGAAAUCGUACACCUUCUCCCAUCAUGGCCAUUUUCAGCUCGUUAAACAGCGUCCCGACCGAGAUCGCUUCCCGGCUCGGUGGAAUCAUCACCUUCAACUAUCUCGUCCAGGCCGCUUUCGCCUCGGUGGCCAUUCCCCUUCAGACCGAGAGGUUCUACGAUCUCGCCGGUUCCGUCGGCUUCAUCUCUACCGCCAUCGUCUCCUCCUUUUACCCCAACUUCAGGCUGAUGCUGAACAAUGUCAAGACGUUCGGACUGACUAGCGGGAGGAUAGCAGAGGGCUUGACGAGCGAGAUGUGGAACCCGGCCAAGGUGCUCAGUGUAAGGCAGAUGGUGGUCGGGGGAAUGGUGAUCCUCUGGGCCGGACGACUCGGGUCGUUCCUCAUCCAGAGGAUCACCAAGGCCGGCCACGACUCGCGCUUCGACACGAUCAAGACCAACCCGUUCAAGUUUGCCGGAGCCUGGUUCGGUCAAGCAACCUGGAUCCUCUGUUCAGGUCUUCCUCUGUGGAUGUUGAACUCGAUCCCCGCUGCUAGACAUCCGAAGUUCGGGACCCCUCUGGACUUGCUCGGUUUGGGUGUUUGGGUUGGAGGGUUGACUCUGGAGGUGGUUGCUGAUCGACAGAAAUCCGCUUGGAGGGCUGCCAAGGACGACAAGAAACACGACGAGAAAUUCAUCAAGGACGGAGUCUGGAGCUGGAGUCGACAUCCCAACUACGCUGGAGAGAUCAUCCUCUGGGCCGGUCUCCCUCUCAUUGCCCUUCCUACUCUCCUUUCCAACGCAUCCUCUUCCAUCCCCCUUACCUCCCGUCUCCCCGGCUACUUCCCUUACCUCGCCGUUGUCCCGCCUGUCUUCGAGUACCUCUUGCUCAACUACGGCAGUGGGGUGCCCUUGUUGGAGGAAUCCGCAGAGAAAAAGUGGGGACAGGACAAGGGACCAGGAAGUUGGGAAGAGUACAAGAGGAAGGUGCCGGUCUUGUUCUCCUUGCCCGGAGCCAAGAUCUAAACGAGGCAAGGAGAAGUACAAGGUGUUGAUGGGGUUUAGGAAAGGGUCCGGUUUGGAUGGCCUCGGAAGCAAUUACGUAACGAGGACCUCGGUCGAGGUUGACCGAGUGGACGAGCGAUCGGCGAGCUGUAGCAAAAUGUUGAAUCGUUUGUUAGGACCUGUACUUGUGUUCUUGACACAUAUAUGAUAUAAUCGACUAGC